AUGGCAUUGUCACGGUUCCAUCAACCCUUACUUGCUUCUCAAAUACUGGGAGGUAUACUUGUUAGCCCAUGGGUUCUUAGCUUUCGGUGGUUAAAAUUGUCACAUGGCAGGACUGUAGGAAUUAGUUAUUUCAUAUUCCCUCGAAAUGGAUUUCAAGUAGUAGACAUGCUUGCUCAUUUCAGUUCCAUCUGGACUUUAAAUAAUGUACCGGGACUAAGGACAUAUAAUAGGUACCCUGAUAAAGUAGUAGAUCUAUUCGGCAUGAUUUCCUUCCCUGUUAUCGUCUAUGUGCUCGAUGAUCUUAAAAUUCUUAACUCCGAGCUAGGUAAUUCAGCGAUUCAUAUAUCAAUGGUUGCUGAUUUUCUUCAUCUGGGUUUAAAAUUCGGGAGCCUUUUCCACCAAAUGACCAGAAGUGGAAACCUAACAUAUGCGCUACCUGCAGUGUUAAUUUUAUUAGGGACGGUGAUUUAUGUAUUUUUUAUUGUGCGGCCGGCAGCGUUAUGGAUUGUAAAAAAUACACCUGAAGGGAGACCUGUAGAUGAUAUUUACAUUACCUGGAUAAUGAUUUCAGUUCUGCUGUGUGGAUUAGCUAGUGAAUAUUGUGGAUUGAAUUGUACAGUUGGGGUUUUCUUACUAGGUUUGGCUAUACCUGAUGGUCCACCUUUAGGAUCAGCUCUAGUUAAGAAGCUACGCAUUGUUUCUGUAUUUUUCAUGCCUCUGCAUAUGGGUAUCGUUGGAUAUAAGACGAACAUUCACUUAGUUGAUUUCGUAUAUCUAUGGCGUGUUUUACUGAUCAUCCUCGGUAGUAUCCUUGGAAAGUUUAUCGGGCUUUUCAUCCCAGCUGUGCUUCUUGGAGUCCCUCCGCGAGAUAGUUUCUUGCUUGUACUUAUUAUGAAUCUUAAAGGCAUUGUCGAGGUUUCCACACUUAACACCUGGUUAGACUCAGUAAAUACUGAAGAAAUAUUUACUUCAUCAAAUACAAUCAUGGUUCUCGCACUUGUAGUGCUAGUAGCUGUUAUUACACCCGCGGUGAAAUACUUGUAUGACCCUUCAUCGAAAUACUUAACCUACAAAGGAGGGUCAAUUUUGCAUUCGAAUGAAAACAACUCAGAUUUUAGAGUACUUGUUUGUGUCCACACCAUAGAUGAUGUUCCCGCCAUCAUGAGAAUCAUUGAAGCCUCCAAUCCUACCAAACUCCACCCACUCACCAUUUACCUCCUCCAUCUCAUUGAGCUUGUUGGUCGUGCUUCUCCUCUCCUUAUAUCUCACACAUUGGAUGAACUUGCUUCCACAUCAAACCCUACCAUAUCGGAAAGGAUAAUCAAUGUUUUCAAAAAAUUCCAAAACCGAUACAAGAACCUUGUUACGGUUCAUGCCUUUACCACUAUCUCUCCGUAUGCUUCAAUGCACAACGAUAUAUGCACCAUGUCAGUCGACAAGGGGGCUGCUCUCGUUAUCUUCCCUUUCUGCAGGCAAGAUGCAAUAAGCCUGAGGGAUGAUCUGGCCAGACCAAAUAUUUCCAAUCGUGCAAUGAAAACCCUUCUUCAAAAUCUGUUGCGGAACACCCCAUGCUCAAUGAUCGAGAAGCAUUGGCUUUUUGCAAUGAAUAUGAUUCAUCAUCCGUACGUCUUUGUUACCCUUGUUAGGUUUUAUGGUCCUGCAAGUCUAUCAUCCGACGGAGUUAUUGACUAUUACAAUGAAUCUGUUAGCAUUGAUAUUGAGAGGCACACGUUUCUUGAUGAUGAAUUAGUAGACCAUUUCAGGGUUAACACCAUGCAUGAUGAAACAUUGGUAUACAAAAAAGUAGAGGUAAAAGAUGGUGCAGAAACAAUAUGGGCAGUCCGGUCACUUCACCAAGAUUUUGAUCUGGUGCUCGUUGGAAGACAACAAAUAGCUGAUUCAAAAAUAAUUUCAGGAUUAGAUGCAAAUUGGGAAGAAUGUGGAGAGCUAGGAGUUAUCGGAGACUUGGUAACAUCUCCUGAUUAUGGUGCUGAGGGUUCAAUCUUAAUAAUUCACCGACUGCAAGAUAUUAGUUAA